UGUCUUUAAUUUUUUUCAGACUGACUGACGUGUCCUUCCUUUGAUGAUGACGAGUGCCGUUGCUGCCUUACUUGUUUUGGUGGCGGUGGUUGCGGCCGCUGGCACAGCCCAAGGCUCGGAUGUGGUGACGCUGACCACGAACAACUUUGCCUCCACCUUGAAGGAGCGACCCCUCGCCCUUGUGGAGUUCUACGCCCCGUGGUGUGGUCACUGCAAGCGUUUGGAGCCAGAGUAUGAGAAGGCUGCGACGGAGCUGGCCAAGACUGGCCUGGACAUCAUGCUUGCCAAGGUGGAUGCCACGGAGGAGAGCGCCCUGGCCAGCCAGUUUGGUGUUCGCGGCUACCCCACCAUCAAGCUGUUCCGGAACGGCGAGGAGUUUGCGCCCUAUGAGGACCAGCGCACCGCAUCGGCCAUUGUCAAGUACAUGAAGAAGCAAGCCACCCCAAGCGCCGUUGAGCUGAGCGACAUGAAGGAGCUUGAUGCCCUCCUCGCCUCAGACGAGACGGCCGUCGUUGCCUUUUUGAAGAACAGCGACCGGCUCAAGUCUGCGUUCCAGAAGUCUGCAGAUGCCAACCGUGACAGCUUCCGCUUUGCAUACACACGCAACGAAGAUGCCCUCGCCAAAUACGGAGAGAACAAGAUUGUUGUGUUCCAGCCGAAGAAGCUGCAGAACAAGUUUGAAGAGCCAACCCACACCUACGACGGCGAGCCGCGCCCUGCAGACAUCACGGCGUUUGUUGCUGACGCGGCGCUGGGCAAGGUCGGGGUAAUGACAGAGGACACCCGCCCCUUCCUCAUGAAGAAGACCCCACUCCUUGUCGUCUACUUCGACCUCAACCUCGAGCUGAACCCAUCGCGCGUCAAGUACGUGCGCAACCGCGUGCUGAAGGCGCAGAGCAAGGCCAACACCGACCUCACAUGGGCCGUCGCUAACAAGGACGGCUUCAGACAGGACAUUGAGGCGUUUGGCAUCACGUCUGACAUUGGCGUCGCCAUCCACGGCUCCGAUGGAAAGAAGUACCGCAUGGACGACGACUGGAGCGUGGACGCGAUGGUGAAGUUUGCAGAGGCGUUUGCUGCUGGCGAGGUGGAGCCCCACGUCAAGUCGGAACCAAUCCCAGAGAAGGACGACGACAACGUCCGCACGGUCGUCGGCAAGAACUUUGAUGACGUUGUUGUGGAGGACAAGGAUGUCUUCAUCGAGUUCUACGCUCCCUGGUGCGGCCACUGCAAGAAGCUCGCCCCGACGUGGUCUGAGCUUGGCGAUGAGUUUGCCGACGACGACAAUGUGGUGAUUGCCAAGAUUGACGCCACCGCGAACGAUUUUCCUUCCACCUUCCCCGUGCGCGGCUACCCAAGCAUCUUCUUCGUGCCUGCCGGCAGCACCACCCCCAAGAAGUACGACGGCGGCCGCGACGUCACGCACCUCGUGGACUACGUCAAUGCCAACCGCAAGUCGGCUCCUGCCAAGAAGGCCGCCUCCAAGGACGAGCUUUGAAGCUGACUUGCAUGUUUGCGUGCUUGGUUUGACGACCUUUGUGUGUACGUGUACGUGUAGGUGUUGGUGUAUUUGUGUAUGUGUGUGUGUGUUUUGUUGUCUGCACCGCUUCUACAGCAUGGCACAGCAGUAAAUACUGUUGCAACAUCACAUGCUUUGUUCCCACAAGCAUCGUGCAGCAAGAAC